AUCUCCACGUUCACUCUCCUCCUGUCAUAUAAAAGACUGAACUCAAAUUCACGUUCUUCUCACCGCAGCCAUGAAUGUGACGGCUCCUCUGCUGCUGCUGCUUCUCACUGCCGCUGCAGGCCGGGGUGCGCUGAUACCCAAAGCCUUAUGGCAGUUUGGGAAAAUGAUCUCCUGCAUUCAGCCGGGCGUGAACCCUCUAAUUUACAACGAGUACGGCUGCUGGUGCGGCUUCGGGGGAAGGGGCAGCCCUGUGGAUGAGUUGGACAUGUGCUGUAAGGUUCAUGAUAAAUGCUAUGAAGCAAGCAGAAGCAUUCCGGGAUGCACAGCUGUUGUUGACCUUCCUCACAUUCAAGUCUAUGACUACACCUGUUCAAACAAACAGGUGACCUGCCCAGCCACCAACGAUAAGUGCCAGGCUGCCACGUGCAAGUGUGAUCGGGACGCUGCUUACUGCUUCGCUAAUGCUGAAUACAAGCCUGAAAACAAAAACCUGGAUUCCAAAGUCCACUGCGUCAACCGAGUUAUGCAAACUCAUAUAAACUAGCUGGAAAGGGUUGAUUUCUAACCACUGUCUUAUCUCAUUUUAAUGUGUUCACAAAAUGUGUAACAGGGGCAACAUGAGUUUGAAAUAAAGUAGGAAAAUGAGUUGAUUCACUUGA